CUUUCCGGUCAAAGUUUUUGAGCCGUCAACAUGGGUAAGCCCCGUGGAUUGAGAACCGCUAGGAAACAUGUGAACCACCGUCGUGAACAAAGAUGGGCAGAUAAAGACUAUAAAAAGGCACAUUUAGGAACUAGAUGGAAGGCCAAUCCUUUUGGAGGUGCUUCUCAUGCUAAAGGAAUUGUAUUGGAAAAAGUGGGAGUAGAAGCGAAACAACCCAACUCUGCUAUUCGCAAGUGUGUUAGGGUACAGUUAAUUAAAAAUGGUAAAAAAAUCACAGCCUUCGUACCCAGAGAUGGUUGCUUAAACCAUAUAGAAGAAAACGAUGAAGUUCUAGUGGCAGGUUUUGGACGUAAAGGUCAUGCUGUUGGUGAUAUUCCCGGAGUUAGAUUUAAGGUUGUUAAGGUCGCUAAUGUGUCACUACUAGCUUUAUAUAAAGAAAAGAAGGAAAGGCCAAGAUCAUAAUUAAAAUGUUACUUUUUUAUUUAUUUGCUUGGCACUUUUAAUUUUUAAAUAAAGUGUUAAGCAUGU